CGAAAAGUAUGAUUUUGGAUGAAAUCAUAUGUUGCAUCCGAGUAUGUAACUCUCUUUUACGUGAUAUAAUCUGGGCAUACACCCAAUAACAAGUAUCUACGAUGGUGUUACUUACCGCAUACACAACAAGUUACUUACACGGCCUUAAAUAGUAUAACAACAAAUUGAAUGACCAAUGUUGCAUAUAUGGAAAAGUAUAGGGAUGAAACUGAUAUCCCUUCGCUCAAAGUCGGUUUCAGACAUCAGCCAGCCAAACGCGGCCUACUACCCGCAAAUUGGCGCAAACCGUCUCUUCCUCCGGUUCUCGGAAAAGCAUAUUUCUCUAGUUUGUUAUGGAAACCCUUCUUUCCCCAAAUGUGCCGGAACCCGGAAAGUGAGAAGAAAAAAGAAGGCUACUUUUUCCCCCUUUCCGCGACUGGUUCGGCCGUCUCUUUGAUUCUUUAGCUAUCGAAGGGAGGGGAGAGGGUAUUAUGGCCGAGGUAGAGCGGUGCCGGAAUCCGUGGGUGAACGCAGAGCCGAUCCCCAUUCCCGGAAUCACAGCAGCUCUGGAAUUGCAGGGGGAGCCAAUGGCGGUCGCCGGCGACGGCGUGCGGCCGGGGAGCUUCUCGGCUAAGCAGGAUCACCAGACAAACAACGGUAAAGGCGAUGAAAGUUUAGGACUUGGCGAGAGAGCGCUCUCUGCGGCAGGGGCCGCUUUCCUAUCGGCGAUUAUAGUAAACCCUCUUGACGUUGUGAAGACGAGGCUGCAAGCACAGGCAGCUGGAGUUGCUUACUCUCAUCCACUUAGUAAUGUCGUAAAUCGCAUGGCUUACUUUGGUCCGACCAUGUUGUUUGCUGAUCUUAGAUGCUCACCAUCUUGUACUCGUGCUGGACUUCACGGGACAGUGUCCAUGUGCCCUCCUGAUUGUUUUCAGUACAAAGGAACCUUCGAUGUCUUCAACAAGAUCGUAAGACAGGAAGGGUUUGCCAGGCUGUGGAGGGGCACAAAUGCGGCUCUUGCUCUAGCUGUCCCAACUGUCGGCAUUUACUUACCCUUAUAUGAUGUAUUCCGCAUAUGGCUCGAGGAAAAAACCUCUGAGAGUAUUCCUGGUGCGGCACCAUAUGUUCCCUUGGUAGCUGGCUCACUGGCACGGUCAUUAGCUUGUAUGACUUGCUAUCCUGUUGAACUUGCCAGAACUCGCAUGCAGGCAUUCAAGGCUGCGCAAAAUGGUAAAGCUCCUGGAGUUCUGAAAACUCUACUUGAAGCCCUUACUCACGUGCAAGGCACGGAUAACCCUCGAACUAAUUGGAGAGGUUACCGGCUACUGUGGACAGGCAUGGGAGCACAGCUUGCCCGUGAUGUUCCAUUUUCUGGAAUUUGUUGGGCACUACUUGAGCCUAUGAGGAGAAAUCUUCUUAGUGUGGUUGGCGAUGACGCGAAUGUAGUCAGUGUACUCGGAGCCAACUUCUCGGCUGGUUUCAUCGCAGGAAGUGUUGCUGCAGCUGCAACGUGUCCCCUUGAUGUUGCUAAAACUCGAAGGCAGAUAGAGAUGGAUCCUGUAAGGGCACUAAGUAUGACAACAAGGCGAACGCUAAUGGAGAUCUGGAGGGAUGGAGGAAUGAGGACACUUUUCACUGGUGUCGGUGCUCGCGUUGGAAGAGUGGGUCCUUCUGUUGGCAUUGUGGUCUCGUUCUACGAGGUGGUGAAGUACGCACUGCAUUCUCGCCGUGAGGGUGACAUCAACCACUGUGGCAUCUGCAGAGCACUGGAUUCGGGGACUCCGCCGCCUUGCUAGUCUCUCACUUGAUGCUCACGAUAUCAGCAGCAGCAGCAGCAGGUCGAGUCGCCUCUUGCUUGAUGCUCGUGGCUGCGGCAGCAGCACCAGGAGUAGGAUUUUGGUAGCGAUCUCCCCGAGCAGCAGCUACAGCUCCUUCCUUGGAUUGCUCUUAGGCUGGUUAGCAAAUUAUAGACCUUUCCUCUGUGUUGCCUUCGUGUAGGUAGUUUGGUGCUUGAUAAGAGAAUGAGCAUGAGUAUUUGUACAGAGAUAGGGUUGCAUUGCAUUAGUGAUUGUACUUUCAUGUACCGUUAAUAGGAUUGUGGAAGCCCAAGAGCGCUUUGAUUGUGUGUAGGUUUGGUGGUUGAACUUGUAUAGUUUUAUUAUAUGCUUGAUAUUUGCAUAAGUCCGUAUCUAGACAUUGAUUUCACUCACUCGAAUUGAUGAGAAAGACGAGAUAUGAUGUUACGAAAUUCCUACAAAACCUGAAGUAUACCCGUCUAUAAGUCCUUCGAACAUUGAUGGGUUGUGGAGAGUUGCAAGCCAGUUUUGUAAUUUGCAAUUCGGAAAUGUAGUUGUAUGAUCGAUACGUUAGAAUCUUAUUGUCUUUGAAGUUCUUGUAAACUUGAUUAAACCGAUAGUUGGAUAAUCAGAAACGCGAUAUGAAAUGUAAACUUGAUUAAACCGACAAAAACGCG